AUGACAGAAUUACUAAAUGACACAACGACUUACAAAAAACUACAAAAAGACCCUGCCAAUCGUAUGAAAACUAAGGUGAAUGAAUUGGUUAAGGGAUGGCACGACAUGGGUAUUGUUGACGAGAUGACAUACAACCGUCUAAAGAGUACUUGUGGAAAUCUUCCAAGGUGUUACGGAUUACCAAAAGUACACAAGAAGGGCUAUCCUUUACGCAUUAUUGUCUCUUCUGUAGGUAGCCCCACGUAUAAUGUAGCGCAAUAUCUACGGGAAAUUUUGUCCAUUUCGAUUCCUAAGCCUAAAUCGUAUGUAAAGGAUAGUUGGACGUUUGUUGAAGCUAUUAGACACACGAAGAUUAAUGACGACCAGUUUUCAUUUUCUUUGGAUGUUACAUCAUUGUUUACGAACAUCCCUAAGGAUUUAGCUUUAACAGCGGUGGAAAAGAGAUGGACGUAUAUUACGAAAAAUACCGAUUUGACGUUGCCCCAGUUUUUACAUGCACUUUCGGUUGUCCUUGAUCUAACGAGCUUCGAAUUUGGUGGAAAAUACUACGAAAAAAUUUUUGGCUGUCCGAUGGGGUCACCCUUAUCACCAAUAUUGGCUGACUUGGUCAUGGACGAGCUUGAAACACAGUGUUUAAGCAAGUUAAACUGCAUACCGGUCUUUUACAGAUACGUUGACGACAUUUUUGCAAUAGCACCAAAAACCAAAAUCGAUGAGAUAUUAACGAUUUUUAAUAGUUACCACGAACGCCUAAUGUUCACGCAUGAGGCUGAAGUCAACGGUUUUGUGAAUUUUCUGGACGUUACUAUUGUAAGGGCGGAGGGGACAUUGUUGACCAAUUGGUACAGAAAACCCACUUUUUCUGGCAGACGCAAGAGAAAUAAUUCGUUAUUAAUUUCAACAUCUCAAAUCAACUGUGAAAGUUUAAAAGAGAGAGACCAGGUGCAAGUGAAACGACUUUUCCCACAUAACUUUAUAAAGAAAGGCAGAUCGUGCUUCACAUAA